AUGAAGGCCUUCACCGCCAUCUUUGCCAUUGGCAGCCUCCUGAGUGUCACUCUGGCUUCACCCAUCAACGAAAUCAACUUCGAAGAGACAGCUCUGUACACGAGCGAAAUUGAUGCCCAAGUUGAUGCCCACAUCGAUGCUCGACAAAUCCCUGGGCUGCCACCCGUCCCCAUCCCAACAAAGCCUGCUGACGUUGUCCCCUCUCUCCAAACGGUCCUCAAGCGAGUAACAGCUAUCCUCGCCAUCGCACAGCUCGGUCUGCCCUCGGCUGCCGGCUUCCCUCCUCUGCCUGCUCUCCCAAUCACCGACCUCCCCACCAUUGGUCUUCCCCUGCCCUCCGGCGGCGGCACCUCCUCUCCCGCCGACAUCGUCGCCCAGCUGUCCUCCAUCCAGGGCCAGGUCACCACCGUCACCUCGAUCCUCAACAACCUGCCCGCCGGAACGAGCCUUGAGCAGCUGAAGCAGGCUCUAGCCAUCGCCUCUCAGAUCCGGUCCCUGGCAGCCCCCAUCGUUGAGCGUAUCCAGGCCUUGGGUCAGGGUGGCUUCAUUCCCCUGCCCGGCAACGUUACCGGUGUCUCCGCCAGCCUGUCUGGCCUCCUCAGUCUUAUCAACUUCAUCACCUUCCUCCUGGGCCCGGUCACCUCCAUCCUACCAGGUUUCGUCACCGCUGCCCAGGCUGCCGCCUAA